GGCUUUGUUUCGCCUCCGUAUAUACGUUUACUUAUCAAAAUGCAGUGCCUCGCUAGCAACGGACUUCGGGCGCAAGCCAUCACCCGCGCUCGUCGCUCGCACGCGCCAGCUGUGGGCAGGAGGACCGUUGUUCGUGUCGCAAAUGUUGCAGCUGUACCCGAGGCGCCUGCUGCGGAUCGCUUUAAGCGGAAGCCGGAUGGCUCCUUUGACCUUUCGGCCCCUCCGCCGUUCUCCCUGGCUGACUUGCGUGCUGCCAUUCCCGCGCACUGCUGGGAGAAGAACUUGUUCAAGUCGAUGGCCUACCUGGCCCUAGACGUUGGCGUUGUGUUUGGUUUGGCCGCCGUCGCCUACACUGUUGACGAGUGGUGGCUGUGGCCGAUGUACUGGCUUGCCCAGGGGACCAUGUUCUGGGCGCUGUUCGUGGUUGGCCAUGACUGCGGCCACCAGAGCUUCUCCAACAACAAGGCGCUGAACGACUUUAUCGGCAACAUCACGCACGCGUCCAUCCUGGUGCCGUACCACGGCUGGCGCAUCAGCCACCGCACCCACCACGCCAACCACGGCCACGUGGAGAACGACGAGUCCUGGUACCCGGUCACCAAGAGCAUGUACGACAAGCUGGAGCCCAUGUCCCGCAUCGGCCGCCUGUCGCUGCCCUGGGCCCUCUUCGCCUACCCCUUCUACCUGUGGAAGCGCAGCCCCGGCAAGACUGGCAGCCACUACGACCCUAACUGCGACCUCUUCAAGCCCUCGGAGCGCAACGACGUCCUGACCACCGAUGCCUACAUGGUCGGUAUGCUGGCUGUGCUGGCCGCCUGCACCAUCAAGCUGGGCCCGCUUGCCAUGAUCAACCUGUACGUGCUGCCGUACUGGAUCAACGUGGUGUGGCUGGACGUGGUGACCUACCUGCACCACCACGGCCCCCACGACCUCAAGGAGAAGAUGCCCUGGUACCGUGGAGAGGAGUGGAGCUACCUGCGCGGCGGCCUGAGCACUCUGGACCGCGACUACGGCAUCUUCAACAAGAUCCACCACGACAUUGGAACCCACGUGGUGCACCACCUCUUCCCGCAGAUCCCCCACUACAACCUGUGUGAGGCCACCGAGGCCGUGAAGCCGGUCAUGGGCCCCUACUACCGUGAGCCCGUCAAGUCGCCCGGCCCCAUCCCCACCCACCUGAUCGAGCCGCUCGUCCGCUCCUUUGGCAACGACCACUUUGUGGCUGACCAGGGCAACAUCGUCUUCUACGAGACGGACCCCAAGUUCAACAAGUAAUGAGGAGGUCUCAGGCAAUUGAGCGGCUGGAUUGUGAUGUGAGUUUUGCGGGUGGGUUGCAUAUGAGAGGAAUGGUGGAUUCGGCCAGCAAGAAACCUGGUAUGGUAAUGUGAAUCAGUUGUCGACUUUUGGGGGCGGGCUUCGCGUUAUGGCUGAUGGAAGAGGUGGAUGCGUGGGGCGGAGUACGGGUGGUGAAGAAUUAUCCUAAGUUCAUCUGGGUUUGCUUUGGGUAUUCGGAUGCAGGCAAUGCGCGGAGUGGAUGAUGCCUGCUGGCCUUAUUUGCUGUUCGCAGCUGUUGUGUGCUUGGUUCUUGUGGGAAAGGAGGGCGCAUCUGAGUUUGCAUGUGUGUGUUUGGCGCAUGUGUUUUGGCAUCCAUCGCCCGUGCUGCGAGGCUCGUGGCUUGGGAAGAGGAUGCGGCAGGUUUUGCCUGGGUUCGGCAUAUGUGUGUAGUCUGCGCGCGGGCGUGCUAUCUACUCCUUGUGAGAGUGGCGCAGUGUCCGACUGGUGUCUGGCCGUUCGGACGUCCCGAGAGAGAAAGUGAGCGAGGGUGUUGGAUGGGUUUUGUGGAUGAGUGAGGUG